CCUGUUUCAUGAAUGGGAUGACUUAGGGGCGGGUAGCAAUAACUCAUAAUGAGCUAUAAAUGGAGGAGCUAAUCAGUGCUGAAGUCUUUAGGCUCUUUAAUGAAGCUUAAGUGGCUGUGGAGGAGCCUCUGUUAACAUGGGAUAGGGAUAAUCCUUUCAGGUCUUGCUGUACCAGGAAUCACUUAGUCAACACUUCCUCUCUUAGACUCGAUGAGCCUCCCAGUGUGAGACAGGACCAACAUUUGAUCAGUUUCGCUGGCCCUCCUCCACCAUACCGUCGGAUACAUACUGAUCGACCUUACUCAGCAGGAGAUUCGGAUAUCUGUAGUCGCUCAGGGGGGAAGGAGGGGGGGUCUGUUGGGAUCCGGACCGACUGAAUAUGAUGGAGGGGUUGAAGAAGAUUUUGGAGCAAACAGUGCCCGCAAAAAUCAGGGAGUACGUGAGGGACUACUGCAAGAGGAAUGGCCUGCUGACACUCUCGGUCUUUGCUGUUGUGAUGGGCUGUGUGCUUGGGUUUGUCCUCAGGUCGCUCAACCUGUCCACACAGGCUAAAAUCUACUUCUCCUUCCCCGGAGAACUGCUGAUGAGGAUGCUAAAGAUGUUGAUUCUGCCGCUCAUCACCUCCAGUCUCAUGUCGGGCCUGUCAGCCAUGGACACGAAGGCAAGCGGUCGGCUGGGAGUCCUGACCAUCACCUACUACCUGUGGACGACCUUCAUUGCCGUCAUCGUCGGCAUCGUGCUGGUACUCAUCAUCCACCCGGGAACAGGCUCAGAGAAAAAAGGCCACCAUGCAAGUUCAGGGCCUGUGAUGACCUCUGCUGAUGCUCUGCUGGACCUCAUCAGGAACAUGAUCCCGUCAAAUCUAAUCGAAGCGACUUUCCAACAGUACCGAACAGAUCUGGUUCCUAUUGUACAGAACUCUAAUAUAAAAGAGUCUCAGGCCAACUAUGUAUAUGUCAUGCCCGACUACCACAACCCUCAUCUGGGCCAUCCAGUCUUCCUGGAGAUCACCCCUGCGCCCGACAUCAAGUAUAAAAUCGUCCCCAGUACCAGCAAGGGCAUGAACGUACUGGGGAUUGUCAUCUUCUCAGCCACCAUGGGUCUGCUGCUGGGAAAGAUGGGAGAACGUGGAGCGCCGCUGGUCAACGUGUGUCAGUGCAUCAACGAGUGCGUCAUGAAGAUCAUUAACGCUGCCAUGUGGUACUUCCCCUUUGGCAUUGUGUUCCUUGUGGCAGGAAAAAUCCUGGACAUGCACGACCCGGCCCACCUGGGAGAGAUGCUGGGCAUGUACUUCAUCACGGUCCUGUCCGGUUUGUUUGUGCACGGCCUCAUCCUGCUGCCUCUCUUCUACUACUUCUUCACUCGCAAAAACCCUUUCCCCUUUAUCAGAGGACUUCUGCAGGCUCUUGUCAUCGCAUUGGCCACCUCAUCCAGGUAAGAGGACAGGUUUAUAAUGGUUUUUCUUUUCAUUUCAUUCUCUCUAUUUUGAUCACCACCGAUUCUAAUUGAUCAUCCUGAUCAUCUCCUCUUGUCCCGCAGCUCAGCCACGUUGCCAAUCACCAUGAAGUGUCUCCUGGAGAACUGUGGAGUCGACCGGCAGAUCGCUCGCUUCGUCCUACCAGUGGGAGCCACCAUCAACAUGGAUGGCACGGCUCUGUACGAGGCAGUGGCGGCCAUAUUUAUCGCUCAGGUCAACGAGUACGACUUGGACUUUGGCCAGCUGGUCACUAUUAGUAUAACGGCAACGGCAGCCAGCAUCGGAGCAGCUGGGAUACCUCAAGCUGGUUUGGUUACCAUGGUGAUUGUCCUGACCUCUGUGGGGUUACCGCCUGCUGACAUCUCACUGAUUGUAGCCAUCGACUGGGUUCUUGAUCGGUUCAGGACGAUGAUCAACGUUCUUGGUGAUGCCUUAGCUGCUGGGAUUAUGGCUCAUUUAUGUAAGAAGGACUUUGAGAGGGCAGCCACUGCGGCUGCAGCUUCAGCCACUGCUACUGCCAAUAACGGAGGUGGCCUCAAACGGAGAGACACAGUCAUCUCCUUCGGUAAUCAAAGCGUGGCGUUGUCUGAUGCUCCUCUCAUCGCCCAGCGCUGUGAUUGCGUGUACGAGGUGGAUGGAGACAACGUGCUGGAGAAACCUGUGGCCUGCUACAACCUCUGCCAUGUUUGAGAUACUGUUACAGGAUGGACAGCGAAAGGGAAACUGCCUUCUACAGCACAUAGAGUCACUUCUCCGGACCGAAAGGGACGGUCAUAUGAGGCGCAGGGAAAAUCCAAGUUUGAUUUGAGGGUUCCAGCCUAAAUGGGACCAACGAUCACGUGUGUUGUGGUGUCAGGGUGAAUUGGAUUUUUGCCUGUGCCAUGCCUAAAACAACAACCUUCAAUACCUGAUGUACUGUACUGUGUGUGUCCAUUCAGUUUAGAGACUCACAGUAGGACUUUCCUGAUGACGUUUUUACUGCAGGUUCAGUCAAGGUUGCCUUAACCUGAUCUCAGUUUUGACAAUAAUUCUGAGUACUUGAAAGGCCUGAAAGUAAAAUGAGUAAUCUCAUUUUGUUGAAGCGGACCUUUAUGUUAGACAAAUCAUCUGUGGAUAGAUACUGAAGCAAUAUUAAUAAGAA